AUGCUGCUGCUUGUUUUUCUUCUAUUCAUUUGCAAAUUUGAGUAUUGUUACUCAUAUAAUGCUAGCUGCAUUGAAGUGGAACGAGUUGCUCUUCUCAGGUUCAAGAACAGCCUAAUCGAUACAUCAAACCGUCUCUCUUCAUGGACCGGUCUUGAUUGUUGUGCAUGGGAAGGAGUUUUUUGUGGCUCCGUAACUGGUCAUGUUUGGAAGCUUGACUUACAUAACCCAGUUACAUAUGAUGAAGAUGAUGAUUCCAAAGGUAAUUUCCCAAACUAUUGCGACAACUGCUUGAGAGGUGAGAUUAGUCAUUCUCUAAUCAACUUGACAUAUUUGAAUUACCUUGAUUUAAGCUUGAACAUUUUCUCUGAGAUCCAAAUUCCUGAAUUCUUGGGAUCUUUCAAAAACUUGAGGUAUCUUAACUUGUCAAGCUCUGGUUUUGUGGGAAAUAUUCCCUUGCAUCUUGGGAAUCUUUCCAGGCUAGAGUAUCUCGACCUUGGAAGGGCACCACGUGACAUUCAUUGGUGGGCUAACAACAAAUUUGAAGGGGGAUUCCCUUCAAGCUUGCAAAAUUUAGGAAGUUUGGUCACCUUAGAUUUAAGUGAAAAUGGAUUAAUGGAUGUUAUUCCCCCUUGGAUCGAAGAAAACCUCUUAAGUUUGAAGUUUCUUAAUUUUAAGAAAAAUAAAUUCUUUGGCGAUAUUCCAUUUCAAUUGUGUUUUCUGAAAGCUCUUCAGUUGUUGAACUUGGCAAAUAACAAUAUAUCUGGGCCUAUCCCUCGGUGUUUCAACAACUUCACUGCAAUGGUUAGUGACUCAGUAGAUGGCUCUAGUAUCUUCAACUCAUCUUUUUAUGAGGAAAACAUUCAUGAAGAUAUAAAAGGAUUGAAAUUGGAGUAUACUAGAAACAUUAGAUUUCUUAAUUCCAUUGACCUUUCGGGGAAUCAUAUCACUGGAGAGAUCCCAUUAGAAGUGAUGAGUUUGCGUGCAUUGAAUAAUCUAAAUCUUUCUGGAAAUUAUUUGAGUGGGACUAUCCCUCAAACAAUUGGCAGUCUGAGCAAAAUUGAAUCUCUUGAUUUGUCAAGGAAUGCACUCUCCGGUCCCAUUCUUCAAAGCUUAUCAUCUUUGAACUUUUUGAGCUAUCUGAAUCUAUCAUUUAACAAGUUAUAUGGAAGAAUACCAGCGGGGCAUCAACUCCAGACCCUCGAUGAUCCAUCCAUUUACAUUGUGAACAAAGGACUUUGUGGUGUCCCGCUUUUGAAGAGUUGUCCUGGUGAUGAGAAACCUUCAUUUGUUAAUCAACCUACAGAAACCAAAUUAAUAACCAAUGAUGAUCAUGAGUUUUUGAUGUGGUUCUACACUGGUUUGGGACCUGGUUUCUUUGUUGGAUUCAUUGGAGUAUUUUGUACUCUAUUGUUCAAGACAUCUUGGCGCUAUGCAUAUUUCAAAUGUCUGGAGAUCACUUUCAACAAAGUGUUAAAUGGCAUUUCAGUUAAACGGAACAGGUAA